GUGAGAAAGAAAAAAUUACACCCUACGUGUCGUGCCGAUGGCAGAUGAUAUGAUAGUUAGCUACAAUGCUACAUUAAACCUGUAUCUCGCAACAUAUCUAUGCACCUAAACCUUAGAAUUAAGUGUAGGUUUAUGUUCAUGAACUUUUUUCAGAAAUCGAAAAGCGGCUAGAUACAUUUCAUCCACCAUCUUGGGCGGACCAGAUUAAAUGUCGUUGAAGAGGAGCUCUUUGUGGCAAAAAUAAAUUGGCGCGGGUAAACCAACGGCUUGGAGCCAAUCAUGUGCCCGAGCAAUCCACUGGAGUAUGUCGACCACGUGCUUUCCCCCACAGCUUCUCUUGGAAGCCUCGCCGCUUGCUAAUUCUUGAAUUGACCAUCACACUCCUACCGCUAUUCCCUCGUUCUUAACACAAUAGCGAUCAGCCCCGUAAUUUCCCCGAAGGUAGCAGGGGCACUCUCGUCAGGAAAAUAUUCCAGGCGCGCGUGGAUCUGAAAUUUGAAUCCUGCGGCGUCGGGGUUGCGGGCCAGCGAGCCGAGCGCCCGAGCCCGGAGCGGAGACGAAUUCAUUUGGAAAAUAAAAAUCCAAAUCGCCCAACCCCGCCAAAGCCCUAGCUUUUAACGGUCGCCAUUUCCCCGUCCUCCUUGAUUUAUAGAUCAAAACCUUUUAAUCGAGUCCUACUUCUCUCUCACUCUAUCCUUGCGGAUCUCGAAUCUUUGGAUCAUUCCCUCUUUUCUUCCUCCUUAGAGGAAAAAGAGCAGGAGGAUGACUUCCCUUCCUCCACCCUACUUGGAAUCAGGAUGCAGGCAUCACACCUACAGCAGGAAGCAGAAAUCUUUGGGCCUCUUGUGCUCCAAAUUCGUGAGCUUGUAUGAUCGGGUUGAUGCGGAGUCGGUGAGUCUGGAUGAUGCCGCGAAGCGGCUGGGUGUCGAGAGGCGGCGGAUCUAUGAUAUAGUCAAUGUCUUGGAGAGUGUGGGGGUUCUUGCGAGGAAGGCCAAGAAUCGUUAUUCUUGGAUAGGGUUUUCCGGGAUCCCGAAGGCCCUGUUUGAACUCAAGGAGGAGGCCGUAAAGGAAAUGUCUCGCACUGAUAGCCCGUGCGCGAAAGUUUUGGAGGAUGAGGAGGAUGAUAAAUUAUCAGAUCAAACUGGAGAUUUUGGUGACUACAAACUAAACCCAGCUGCCGUGGAUGCUGCUUCAUCUUUGUGUAGUGCUGCUUGCAGGGCCAGAUCUGUUACUGACAAUAGAAGGGAGAAAUCUCUGGGUCUUCUCACUCAGAAUUUUGUUAAACUCUUCCUUACCACCGAUGCAGACACGGUCUCGCUUGAUGAGGCUGCAAGGCUGCUGCUUGGCGACGGCCGCAACUCAUCUCAAAUGAGAAGUAACAAUGCAGCUAAAGUCCGGCGUCUGUAUGACAUUGCAAAUGUGCUUUGUUCCAUGAAUCUCCUUGAGAAGACGCAGCAAUUGGAUACGAGGAAGCCAGCAUUCCGAUGGUUAGGAACCAAGGGGAAACCAAAGGCAGAUAAUGAUGUUACAGUAACUAUGCCCCCAAGUACAAAGCAAUGGAACAAGAGAGCUUUUGGGACUGACAUUACCAAUGCGGAUUAUAAGAGGAGCAAGUUGAAUCCCCCUGUUGAUAAGAAACUCAGUAAAGCAUGCUUGAGAAUUGAUGAUUUGAAGGAAUGCAAUCUGACAGCACAGAAGCAAUUACAGAACUCUCAGGGUGGCUAUGUUUUUGGGCCUUUCCAGCCAGAUGGAGCGUCGAAAGGAAGUGGUGAUGUUGAGGAGAAAGGUGGAAACAAAGUUCAGGACUGGGAGAGCUUGGCCUCUUCCUUCAGACCACAGUAUCACAACCAAGCACUGAGUGAACUUUUUGGACAUUACAUGGAGGCAUGGAAGUUGUGGUACGUAGAAGUUGCUCAAGGUAGCAGGAACCUACAGCAGCCAUGCAAGUCAGUCAUUAACCAACUUCUGUAAAACAAUCACGACCCAUGCUGCUAUGUCCAUGCUUACAUAACCCAUUCAUCUGUAGAAGGAUUUUAGUUUCAUGAGUACAACUUGCGGGAGAUGGCGUUGGGUUUUAUUGUAUUCUCUCAGUACAGGCCCCAGAAAGCUGUCACUUCAACCUAUGUACAGUGCUUUAUUGAUUGGUCUGCUUCUUGAUUAUGUCAGCGUGCUAUUGUAACUUAAUCAAACUUAAUUCUUACAUUUGACUAGCUGCCAGAUUCUUUUCUUUCUUUCUAUUUUUUUCCUCAUUUUUUUGCCGUUGGUGCUAUAUUUGAAGGAUCAGAUACAUACAGUUUGGAGAUACUAUUGUUAAACAAGAGAUACAUCAGGAGACUGAAAUUUCGUAGCUCAGUUAAUCGAACAUCUGGUGGGCAUUAAUUAGAAUUUAGUGUUCCAU